AUGCAGCUUGGACUGUUUCUGGUGGUGGUUUUUCUAAGCUUGAUGGAUCUGACAGGCAGCAGCAAGGUGGUGAAGGGCAAGAGGCAAAGACGAAGCACCCAAAGGGCAGGGGAGGAGCAGCUGUUUAGGGAGAAGCUGGCGCAGGUCAGUACCGAGGUGAGUCAUGGCUGUGCGAAAGGCUGUGACCUGUGCUCUGAGUUCAACGGGUGCCUGAAAUGUUCCCCCAAACUCUUCAUACUGCUGGAGAGGAAUGACAUCCGACAGAUCGGGAUCUGCCUGCCAUCCUGUCCGCUGGGGUACUUCGGUGUUCGCAAUCCAGACAUGAACAAGUGCAUCAAAUGCAAAAUUGAGAACUGUGAGGCCUGUUUCAGCCGAAACUUUUGCACAAAAUGUAAGGAAGGUUUGUACUUGCACAAAGGGAGAUGUUAUUCCACCUGCCCAGAAGGCUACUCUGCUGCCAAUGGCACUAUGGAGUGCAGCAGUCCUGCACAAUGUGAACUGAGCGAGUGGGGCCCCUGGGGCCCGUGCGCCAAGAAAAGGAAGCUGUGUGGCUUCAAGAAAGGCAACGAAGAGCGAUCGCGGAAGGUUCUGCAGGCUCCCUCUGGAGAUGUGUCCAUGUGUCCUGCCACGACAGAGCUCCGGAGAUGCACCGUGCAGAAGAACCAGUGCCCUGAAGGAAAAAGGAAGAGAAAGGAAGAGCAAGAAAAGCGAGAUAACACGAAUGGAAACAGAAACCAGAAAGACACCAAAGAUGCCAAAUCUGGCACCAAGAAAAGGAAAGGCCAGCAGAGAGGGACUGUGGUCCCCAUGACUCCUGCUAGCCCUGCUCAAUAG